AACACACAUAUAGUAACACUCAUUCAUUCAUUCAACAUGAUUGAUAGUUUUAAAUUUCACCCUAAACAAGCAGCACAAAAAUCACAUUACAGGGUACUCUUGAGUUCUCUUAGAAGUUAACAUCCUGAAAUUCAAUAAAUCUACCUAGAUCAAAUAUCAGAACAAAAUUUUCAAGUAGAAAAAAAAAAAAAAAAAAAUCUUACACAUCAUUGCAAUAAUGAAGAUCAUCAUUGUCACACAGGCGUGCGAAUAUUCCAUAGAUGUGGCUCUCCAAGAAUCAAUCCUCGAAAUCAAACAGAAAAUUCAGCACUUUUCGAGUGUCCCUGUGGCCUCACAAAUUCUCAGUGUGUCCGGGUGGGAAUUGGUCGAUGGACUUGACCUGGAAGACUAUCCAAUUGUCACUGAAGGUACAAAAGUCGAUCUCACAGUCAAAUGCAUGAUGAGACCUUCAUUUGAGCACCAUAGUAAGAUUCAAAUUGUUGUUAAAUUUUCAGCUAGAAAGCACAACAUAGAGGUUGACAGGACAGACACAGUCCGAAGCCUAAAAGAAAAAAUUUACAUAAUUGAUGGCACUCCAAUCAAAAGAAUGACACUCUACUUCUCCGGGAUUGAAAUGGAAGAAGAGUAUCGAAAUUUGAGUGAGUAUGGCAUAUGUGAAUUCUCCGAGAUCAUAGUGUUUCUCAAGACUAUGAGCCGGUUAGUAGCUGAACCUCCUUCGAAGAGGCUCAGUGUGGUAGUGCAGACUUCUUCGAGUUUGCUCAAUGCUGCAAGCAUUCCGUUGGAAAUGAGGGAUUCUAACACUGUCAAUGAGUUGAGACAGCUUAUGUUAUCUCGGAAAAUACUUCCUAUGGAUGAUUAUAUAUUUAUUCACAAACAGAGAAUCAUGCGCGACAAUUGCAGCCUCCGGUGGCAUGGAGUAGAGAAUGGGGACUUUCUCUAUGUUUUUAAAGGAACAGUUAGUCGCGGUGGAUUUUGA